CAAACGAGCUGAGUGCUGCGUAUUCAGCUUCUGCUAAAGAUUGUGAGAUAGUCUCCCGCUUCUUGGACUUCCAACUGAUUGGACUAGCACCACCAAGUACUAUAUAUCCAGAUACUGAUUGCACCAUACAGCAAACUCAAACGGAGUUGUCAUUAUAACAUUCUUCGGUAAAUCUGCCAAGAUAAUUUAACCAUUAGCUGACAAUUGCACAUUCUGGAUAGCCAGUUGCAGUAGCCACUGUUUCAGUAAAUCAUCUGCAGUAUUAAGGACGCUAUUCUAUACGUCUAUCAUGCUUACUUCUUAGUUAUAAGGUUAUUAUAACUUUCACAAGUUAAAUCUGUAUUAGACGAAGGGGAGUAGCUUAUAAACUAAUAAAUUUUCCACUCCACUCACAUGCACAUAAAUACUCUCACCAGCAAAGACAUACAAUUCCCCACACGCAAUAUUUUUCUUCUUUUUUUUUUUUUCUUCAAGGAACCCAGAUAUAUACAUGUCACGUUUAUUCCCACUCCACACAGACAAUCACAUUUAUUUUUUUUAUUCACUUUCUUGCUCUGCAAUUAACGCCACAGCACACAAAAUUGAGGUCCAAUUCAGCUAAAAAUUGCAGGUAACUCAUGGACAAAAGACUGCAAUUUUCGAAUAAUUUUGGUCUAAAGAAGGAUGGGAUAAGUGAGUUGCCUGAUGAAAUUGUGGUACACAUACUGUCCUUCCUUAGCUUUAAGGAAGCAGCAGCCACCAGCGUCCUCUCCAAGCGGUGGUUACACUUGUGGACAUAUUUUCCUCGCCUUGAUUUUGAUGGCACCAAACUAGUAGAGAAAAUAGAGCUCUAUCCUAAGCUAUAUAAAGAGAUGAAUGAAAAGUUUGUUAGAUGGAUUAACAACACUUUGCCUAUGUGUAAAGCUCAGAGAUUAGACCGUUUUCGUAUUCUUUUCGCUAUAGACAAAUUCGUCCCCCAUGACAUUGACAAGUGGCUUGAGUUUGCCUUUGCUAGGAAAGUUCAAAGGUUAGAGUUGGACUUAAGAGUAGGUCUGGACGAGCUCUAUUCAGAUGUUGAUGACUGUUAUGCUUUCCCUGGACAACUCCUCCUUCGUAAUGUGUGUCAACCACAUUUAGACAACCUCCCACCUCUGUGGCAUAAUUUUAAGAAUGUAAAAGUAUUGUUACUCAAGGCUGUAAAUGUGUCAGACAAAGUUCUUGAGUUCUUCCUGCACAAUUGUCCGUUUCUUGAAGAAAUGGUGGUUCAUGGAUCGGAUGCGUUGGUAAAUCUUCAAGUUGUUGGUCCUUCCCUCAAGUUGAAACUCUUGGAGAAAUAUUUGGAGCAUUACAGGGUUCCUGAACUUCCCAAGCUCAAGAAAUUUGUUGUAUCUGCAUUUGCAUGGUCCGACGCGAGUGUCUUAGGUUGCACAGAUGCCAUGAGGGCUGCUGCACAUUUGGAGGAGUUUGAGUUGAAGUUGAUUUGGACCGAAGCCCCGGAGGUCACAAAGAGAGUGCGUGCAGGUUGUAAGAUGUCCACACCAUCACCUCAAAGUGCUCAGGUUGCGUGGAUAUUAUGCCCGUAUCAGUGAACUUGAACUCGUUAGAUAUUUUUUGGAAAAUGCUACUGCGCUUGAGAAAAUCAUUGUUGAUCCCUGAUGUCAAUAUGUCUAUUUAAGCCCUAAUCAAAUUCAGGAGGGGCAAAUAACAAGAAAUUUGGCUAAGCUCCAGCUUGAAAGAGAAGUACCACCACAUAUUGAGUUGGUAAUACUGUGAAACUAAGUUGUUAUGGAAACAUUGUGAUAGUUUUCAGUUAUUUGCAUCCUACCAUUUGAGCUAGACGAGAAACCUGAUUUAAUAUUGUGAUUGUAUUUCUAAGGGAGCUGUAUGUUUGAUCUAAUUUAAUGUCGACUUAGUUUAUUUUAAAUUUUCCAUGUAGUUGAACUAUUAUUCAAAUUAAUAAUAUUUUUGUUUAAUUAAUUAUAUAUUUUAAAAAUACAUAUUUUGUAAGGGCACUAUGCACGGCAUGUUUGACAAAUUUUAGUAUUAUAACUAUAGUGCCUAAAAAGAAAUAACAAGUCAAUACU